CUUCCUCAAUUAAUUAUCUAUCCUCCUCUCCGUUAUUAUAUGUCUAAUUCCUCUUUAUAAUUAAUUAUGUCGCGUCCCGUACUUAGAUUUCUGUUAAGCACCGCCUCAUCUUCCGCACCGCCGGCCAAAUCCACCACGGCGGAUCCUCCGUCGCUUGCGUCGGUGGAGCCCGACUACGUCAUUAUCAUAGCAGCCCUGCUCUGUGCACUGAUAUGUAUCAUCGGACUGAUCUCGGUAGCUCGGUGCGCUUGGCUCCGACGCGCCGGAGGAGCUACCGGAGGUCAGUCGGCGCAGGCGAACAAAGGAGUAAAGAAGAAAGUGUUGCAGUCGCUGCCGAAGUUCAGAUUUGACCCUUCUUCAACUAGUACUGACUCGGAGGAGGAGUGCGCCAUAUGUCUGGCGGAGUACACCAGAGGAGAUGAGAUUAAGGUUUUGCCUCAGUGUGGCCAUGGGUUUCAUGUUCAGUGUAUUGACACGUGGCUUGGUUCACACUCGUCAUGCCCAUCUUGCCGUCAGAUUCUCCAAACUGGUCGGUGCCAGAGGUGCGGCGAAUUCUCAGGCAAUUCCAACUCCGGUGCUCAAAUUCAGGGACGGAACUGCCCUACCUAAAAGAGUUCAAAUUCCAAUUGUUUUUUGCUCCGUCAGGAAAUUAUAUGGCACGCAAAUAAUAGGGUUCAAGAAUGGUCCCCAGCUGAGGCUCGUGAAUUUACAAAUUUGUCUAGAAGCUAAAACAAGAGAGAGAGGAUAAGUAUGAAGCUUUCUUCUUCUUCUUCUUAUGGAAAACAAGAGAAAGAAACUCACUAAAGGGUAACAAAUAUUUAUAAUAGUUGUAUUUAUUUUUUCUUAAAAAAAAAACAAUAACUGUUUUCCUCUUUUCUAAAGUUGAAGUUUAAUAGAUUUAAGUUUUACAGUAUGUUGUAACUUUGUUUUGUAAAUUAUGUAGUAUAGCCACUUUUAACUUUCAAGUAGUAGUAUU